AUGCCAGAUGAUGCAUAUGGAACAGAUGGGCGACUAGCUCUAGUUUUGGAUGGAGCGGAUGCCCAGACGUCUCAGGCACUAUUGGGGCGUGGGCUGCCUGCGGAACGGAUCUUGUCUCCGAACGUGGUGCCAGCGGUUGUGGAAGCUCUGUCAGAUCGUGGGAUCUCUAGUUGGUGCGGUCGAGUACAGGACUUCCUGCGCUCGAGUGAAGUUUCCGGAGCCUUGGACCUGCUCUUCUUGGACUACACAGGCUGCCUGGCCUCCCGAGCCUCGCAUUUCAGGCCUGCGCUGCGUGCCUUGCGUCCGCAGGGCGUUCUGGCCUGUACGUUUUCCAUGAGGCAUUCCCCUGUCGAGGACGACUUCAGCUACGGCUUUCUACCGCCACAGCCUGAAGGCUGGAGCCACGCCCACGCGCUGCACGCACUCGGCCGCUGCUUGCUGGAGGCGGCUGAAGCGCUCGGCCGCCGCUUGGAAGGCGCCGGCCUCCCGGGCCUGAACGAUUAUGAACUCUUCGACAACAUGUCAGCUGCAGCUUGGGCCACGCGGAGUGCCAUGGAUGCAGGUGAGACCACCUGUGAGCGGGUCAUCAGAGCCCUGGAGGAGGAGAACAUCCCCGCGCUUGCAGAGGCCCUUGCCAGCUGGGCGGAAGAACCCAAGUCGGAGCUGCCCUGGCUUCGGAAAGGUGUGGCUACCGUGGCCGAGAGGGUGCGGCGCGCCUGUCGGGGAGGAGUGUUGGGAUGUGCCUGGCGCACCGGCGACGAAGGCCGUGGCAGCCCGCAUUGCCUUCUGGGUGCCAAUGGAGCCGUCCAGGACAAAGACUUGAACAAGCUGCGCAAAGCAGCCGUGGCUUUGAAGCAGGCAGGGUCCUCACGCGGCUCUGUCUGCGCACCGACUGCCCCGACCCGGUGUCCGGCGUUUUCAUUUCGGCGCAGCAUGCUGGUCUACCCAGAGGAGAUGAUGUUCUUCAUGGUGCGGUGCGGCGAAAAAAGCAGCACAGUAGCUGCGCCGUCCGAGGAUUUGUGCAUGGCGAAAGCAUCCGUGCUCUGGCUCUUUGGCUAUCGGAAAUGUGAAAGCUGUCAAGAGUACAGCAAUUCUGGCUGGUUUGACGCGGACGACGUCUGGUAUUGCGAAGAGUGUCAGAUGAACUGCGUUCUGGAUCUUUUCUCCGAUGAGCCAGUGCCGGCGGAGUCUUGGCUUCGAUGUGGCAUCCGCCGGGUGCGCGAGCUACCAGCGCUGGCAUCGUCACAGCUCUUGGUGUGUACCUGUGAGCUGGUGAAGGUCGGUGGCCACGCAGGCCUUUUUGGUGGCCGGCUGGUGCUGACGGGGACUGGCAUGGCCUUGGGCUCGCUGUGGUCCCACCUCCAAGGAGGCUCGGGCCCGAAGAGCUUGGGCACCGAGCCGACGAAGGAUGCGGCUUCCGCUGCCGCUGCCGAGGCGGCCUUUGCGGACCCUUGGGUGGUGGUCGUGGAUAGCAGGCCCGGCUGCUUUAUCCCUGGCGAUCCUGUGGAAGUUUCUGACAGUUCCGGAAAAGGAUGGCGCGGCGUGGUAAAGUGCAAAGCGGGCGAAGGAAGCUACAUCGUGGAGGACCAGAGUCAGACGCCCCACAACGUGGCUGCAGACAGGCUGAGAGUGGACGAGCUCGUUGCGUCAGUCAACGAGGAAGGGUUCGUGAUCAAAGCGGCCUCAGAUGGAGUGUUUCACAAGCACGGAAAGAGCGGCUAUCAUGUCGCAGAGUCGUUCUGUGUACAAGAUGUAGCUGACGAUCGCGAAGAGGUGGAAGAGGACGAGCCAAAGCCGCUCCGAGGUCUCCACUGGUACUUCUUCAGCUUGAGCAUUCUCCUGGUGACGGCGCUGUCUUUCCUGAACUUUAUGUCGCUCCCUGAUCCGCGAGCGCAUUCGCUGCUAAGUGCAGUGUUGUUGAAGCGCCAAGCGGCUAUAGCCGGGGAUCCGCAUUCCAACCCGUCCAUGUCGGCCAUGAGCGAUCAGGAGCGUGUGGCUUUGCUCAAGGCAGCCGAGGAGGCAUUACAAGUGCCGCUCCCCGUGGUGAAGACCGCUACGGGCGCGCGGUCCGUUGCUGGUGCGGCGACGCCUUCGCUCCGAGGAAGCGGCCUGGCAAGCGGAGCGAGCGAGACACCGAGCCAGCUUUCGGAUCGAGAGCAGCUCGAUGCGCUGCGCUCAAGGUCGCGCCAGGCGGCAGCAGCUUCUGCGUUGGGGCCGGCUUGUGCCAAGGGAGGCCUUGCAGUUUUUUCGGGGGAAAGCUGGCUGCAGCUGGAUGAGAUGGUCGACUCAGACGAGAUUGCCUUUGGUACUUGGAUCUAUGUGCCCAGUAUGCCGGAAAGCUUCUUUCCAACAUCCUCCGAGUCCAUGAAGACGAUAGCGGCCAACAAGUUCAGCGGAUGUGCUACCAGCAGCCGGGGGUGGGCUUUCUUCAUGCACGAAUGGGCAACGUCCAAUCGACAACUCCGGCUGUCAUGGACGGACCACGCAAGCGGAUGCAACGAGAUCUAUUCGGGCACCGCUCUUGUGCCCUACGACACCUGGGUCCUCGUCGGUUUCAGCCUUUCCAAGGCGAAGAACAGGGCCAGCAUUGUCAUGAACGACCAGCUGGUUGUGGACACGCAGCGGGGGAUCGGGAACUACGUGCGUCAGGGCCGGAUGAUGCAAAUCCAGCAGGCUGCUCUCGCCGACCGCGUGCUGUCAGACAGCAAGAAGCUGUUGUUGGGAGCACACGUUCUCGCGCGACCUGAAGAGAUAGCUCAAGCACACGGUUUCAUCGGUUUCAUGGGCGACGUGCGUAUCUUCCGUGCUUCCCCUGAUGGCAGCACGCUGGUGAACUUGUUGUCGUGCAGCUCUCAGGAUGUACUCAGCGGAAGUGCAACAACAUGUGGCUCUCAAGCUGCCGUGUCGGUCAUGGUGCAGUUCCAGCAGGGCAGUGAGUCCAUCAACUCCAUUACGGGAACACGGCUGCAGCCACAUCUGACUACUCGCGGCACGAUGGGAGAAGGUCAGCCAACCCCCGUGCCCAUCGUUGCCUUUGCGGACAAGGUCCUCCACCCACUCCUGCAGAAGCCCCCGGCAGACAGCAUCGUGACGCUGCCCGGCACAACUCUGGACCCGGAGGCUUUGCGGAAGACAUGGCCGAAGGAGUGGCUGCUGCGCUUCUCCGAGACCGACCUGGCGAACUCCCAGGCCGAGGCAGAUGCUUGGGCCUCGGAGGUCAGAGCUGCGAUGCAGUUUACCUGGAAAGGCUACAGGGACAAGGCGUGGGGCCACGACGAGGUGAUGCCGGCCUCUGGUCGGAUCAAGGAUUGGUGCAAGAUGGCCAUCACCAUGCUGGACGGCUUGUCCACGCUGUGGGUCAUGGGCCUAGAGGAAGAAUUCAAUGAUGCAGUUGAAUACUUGGAGCGGGCCAACCUUCCCACUGCAGACAAGCAUGGGCAGCACAGCCUCUUCGAGAUCAACAUUCGGGCCUUUGCAGGCUUGCUGUCGGCCUAUUCGCUCAGCGGCAAGCAGGUCUUUCUCGACACGGCGAAGAGAUUGGGGGAGAAGCUGCUGAAAGCCUUUGACACGCCCAGCGGUAUGCCGUUGUCGACGAUUGACAUUGGAACGGGUGAAGCCGGGUCACAUUCUUGGAACCAGAACGCCGUGCUCGCCGAAAUUACGACACUGCAGGUCGAGUUUCGGUUUAUCACCCAAGUCACCGGCGAUCGCCGAUGGCAAGGCGCAGCUGACAAGGCCAUGGACGUCGUGCUCAAAGCCGCAGGCAACCGAGGUCUGGUGCCGAUCUACCUCAGCUCUCCGAAGAAGCAGGCUGUUUCUUUCGUGGGGGCGAAGGUGUCCGUCGGUGCAAUGGGUGACUCCUAUUAUGAGUACCUGCUGAAGCAAUGGAUCCAGGGAGGAAAAAAGGAUGCCCGGCUCAAAGAUGCGUGGAAACGAGCGAUGAAAGAAAUGAUGGACACCAUGGUCGUCAGAACCUCCAGCGGUCUGCAGUUCGUUGCAGAGCUUGAGGGGACACGGCAGCGGAAUCGAAUGGACCACCUGGCCUGCUUUGUGGCCGGCAUGCUUAUGCUUGGCAGCAGGACGCUUCCCAAAGAAGAGGUGGACCCUCGUUGGGAGCCCUUUGCCGCCGAGCUGACCUACACCUGCUACCAGAUGUAUGUGCGCAUGCCCACGGGACUCUCGCCGGAGUAUGUGGCAUUCAACCUGCAAGCCGCACGGGGCCAGGAGAUGUCUGUACCCGGAGAUGCGCCCCACAACUUGCUUCGCCCUGAGGCCGCUGAGGCGCUGUGGUACAUGUGGUACUACACCGGGGACCACAAGUACCGGCAGUGGGGCCACGAGAUGUUCCUCCCCUUCCUGCGAUUCUGCAAGGCGAAGUAUGGAUUCUCGGCGAUAACAGACGUCCGCAAGAAGCCGCCGCCGAAGCGUGACGCCCAGGAGAGCUUCUGGCUUGGGGAGACGUUGAAGUACUUUUACCUUCUGUUCUCACCAAGAAGCACGCUCGAUCUGGAGGAGUUCGUUUUGAACACGGAAGCGCAACCUCUGCGCAUCAUGGAAAGCUAG